AUGGAAAAGGAUUCCUUUUUUACCGUUUAUCAACCGCUUUCUGUUCAAAUCUAUCUAUCUAUCUAUCUAUCUAUCUAUCUAUCUAUCUAUCUAUCUAUCUAUGUCUUUGUUCACAUCUAUCUAUCUAUCUACCUCAGUCUGUUCCUUGUCUAUCUAUCUUCUAAGUCUGUUGAAAUCUAUCUAUCUAUCUAUCUAUCUAUCUAUCUAUCUAUAUUCUAUCUAUCUAUCUCGGUUCAUUCAUAUAUGUCUAUCACUGCCCAUUCAUUAUAUCUAUCUAUCUAUCUAUCUAUCUAUCUAUCUAUCUAUCUAUUUAUCUAUCUAUCUCUAUCUAUCUAUCUAUCUCUGUUCAUUCAUAUAUGUCUAUCACUGCCCAUUCAUUAUCUAUCUAUCUAUCUAUCUAUCUAUCUAUCUAUCUAUCUAUCUAUCUAUCACUUGACAGUUAUCUCUUUCAAUGUGCAUAAUUUUCUUUUCAAACUGAAUGGUUACGGAAACGAUUGCUAUCUUUCAUGUACCCUACAUUUGUCAGCUUGCGUACUUGUAAAAUCUCGUCCGCCUUCAAGAUCUCUCUCUUCUCUCUACACUUACCCGUGUUCAUUCUUCUUGUCCAGACGUUUCUAUUUAUCCCGCCACCCGUCUUUCGUUCCAGUGGAGCCAAUUCGAGUAACGAACAGUCGUCUUUUCGAUUUGCCCAUCGAGUAA